ACCCAACAGCAAGUUUUCUGCUGUAAUAAUAACUGGAUUGUCUGGGACCUUUUUGCCGAUCAAGAGAAGGGAUUCGUAUAAUCCAAGUGCCCCCCCCCCCCCCCCCCCCUUACCCCUUUUUCAUAAUGGCCUCGACGUCUGUUGGUGAGAAUCAGCUGCAGAGGAUAAUCAGAGACCUGCGUGAUGCUGUGUUGGAGUUGAUAAAGGAGCACAAUGAGUGUGGUGAGCCCAUAACAGAUGACAGCUCAAAUUUACACAAGUUCUCCUACAAACUAGAAUAUCUGCUCCAGUUUGACCAGAAAGAAAAGACAACCUUCCUCGGCCAGAGGAAAGAUUACUGGGAUUACUUCUCUGACUGCCUCUCCAAGAUCAAGGGAGCGAAUGAUGGCAUUCGCUUUGUUAAGUCCAUCCCUGAGCUGAAGACCUCACUGGGGAAGGGAAGGGCCUUCAUCCGCUACUCUCUGGUUCACCAACGUCUCGCUGACACACUGCAGCAAUGUCUCAUCAACCAUAAGGUCACAAGUGAGUGGUAUUACGCCCGUAGCCCCUUCCUCAAGUCCCACCUUACUGCAGACAUUAUCAACCACCUCUACGAGCUCAACCAGGUCCUCUUUGAUGUGGCAUCCAGGGGCCACGAUCUGGAUGCUGAUUGGCCAACUUUCGCCAGAAGAACAUUAGGAGUUAAUUCACCAGCAUACCUGUGGAAACCCCCCAGUCGAUGCUCCAGCAUCAACAGCCUGGCCAGCAACUAUUCACACUCGCAGGUGGUGGAGUUCCCCCCCAACUUGGAGAUGGGCCACAGCCUACUGGGUGACCUGGGUGAGCUGGGAGAGCCCUCCUCCUCUUCAGUGGACGCGCUGCGGCUGGAGCUCAACCGCUCGGAGCUCCGGCAGCAGGCCCUGCUCGCGCAGGUCCAGGCGUCGGACCGAGAGGCCGUCGAGCUGCGGGCGCUGGUGGCGAACCUCCGCGGCCAGCUGGCGGAGCGCCGGGGGGGUUCCGAGCGAGCCCCGUCCUCUGAGCCCAACGCGACCCCGGAGGAGUCCACUCAGGAGAACGCGAGCUACCUCCAGCUCACCAGCAACGCCGGCGACGGCGCGCUUCAAGAGCGACUGAGCACGGCGGAGAACAAGAACGUGGAGCUCUUGGGCAAGCUGGACGGGGCGCUCAGCGAGAAGGGACAGCAGACCGCCAGCUACUGCGACUCGGCCUUGAAGAUCCAGGAGCUCAUAGACCAGCUGAAGGCGGCCGAAGAGGAGAGGCUGGCGGCUCGGAGGGAGGCCGACGACUGGGCCAAGCGGGCCCAGCAGGUGAUCCACAAGCUGAAGCUCAGGGAGGAAGAGACGCGGAGGUCGAGCGAGGAGAAGCUGGCCAAGGUGAAGGCCGCGGCCCGCGGGGAGCAGGAGCAGGUGCUCAAGCGGCUGGAGGACCUCCAGGGGGUCGUGGGUCGGAUCGAGGGGGCGCUGACGCUGAAGGAGAAGGAGGCGGGGAACCUGCGGUCCCAGCUGCAAGACCUGCAGGCCUCGCUGGAGCACCGGGAGCGGCAGGCGGAGGAGCUGAAGAAGAGGCUGCGGGAGGACCGACGAGACGUGACGUGGAGGAGCAGUAACAGCCAGAAUGAGUUCCUGGACAGCCAGCUGCUGGACUUGAGAGAGAAGCUGAAAGACCGAGAACAGGAGUUGGCCCAUAGCUCGGAGCGAGUGAAGUACCUGGAAGCCGUGGUGGAGAAGCUAGACGUGGAGAAAAAACGCUUGAACGCUGGGAACGACGUUUUUCCCAUCGAUCAGUCCAAGAUUCUGGAGGACUACAAAUCCCAGUGCGCCAGUCUCAUGGAGAUAAACGCGAAGCUGCUGCAAACUGUGAAACGGAGUGAGGCGAGCAACCGAGAACUGUCUGAGAGCAGGGCGGCCAUGCGGGAUCAACUGGCGUCUUUAACGGCCUCCCAGAACCCUCUGAAGGUGCAGGAGGAGGCCGCCAUGCUGAGCAUCGAGGAGAGAGAAACCAAACUCUUAGAGGCCAAUCAGCGUUUGGAGGAAGUGGUCCACAAGGCUCUCCUCCAGAGCGAAGCGUCUGACGCCACCUUGAAGAGGCUGGAGCGCGAUAACAAGGAGAUUAUGGAGACUCAAUUGUCCUUGAAGAAGCAGUUGGCCUCCACUCAAGGGUACCUCGACGCGAUCGCCACAAAGGAGACCCAGCUCGGAGGUCAGCCGCUCCCGUGCGAUUUCCCGCAGUCCAGGGCCGAGGUGACGCGGAGCGACGCCAGGAAGACGGACGGCGAGAAGAGCACCGCGGAGAAACCUGAGAAGGCGCAGAAGCUCCACAACGCGCACCACCACGCCUCCCACCCGGACGCCGGCAAGAGACACCUGCUGGCGGAGGCCCAGCUGGAGCUGAACCUCCGGGAGGUGACCACGCUCCAGGACGAGGUGGUGGAGCUGCGGGCCCAGCUGCUGGCCGGCGCCGCCGAGCGGAUGAAGGUGCAGGCGCUCCAGGAGGUGACGGAGGCCUCCCGGGAGGACCUCCGCAUGCUGGUGGAGCAGCUCAAGGCCCAGGUGGAGGAGCUGAACCGCCGGCACGUGGACGAGAUCCUCCACUCCCAGGAGCGCGAGGACACCCUGGGCCGCCAGCGCGACGGCGAGGCCCGGGUGAGGGACGACCUGGCGGCGGAGGCGGCGGCCUCCCGCGAGGAGCUCCGCGGCCUCAAGCUGCGCUACGAGGCGGCGUGCCUGGAGAGCGGUGAGGCGGCUGAGGCCCUGCACCGGGCCAACACGGAGACGGCGGAGCUGGGCGUGCACGUGUGCACGCUCAGCGCCGAGAAGGAGGAGGCCCGCCUGCGCUGGGAGGCGCUGUCGGCCAAGCUGCGGGAGCUGGAGGAGGAGGCGUCGCGGGAGGCGGUGAGGCUCAGCGCCCGGAUGGAGCAGCUGAGCCGGGAGAACCGGCGGCUCUCCGAGCGGCUCGGCGAGGAGCAGGGAACGGGGGGGCGGAGCGGGCCCCCGGAGGAGGAGGAGGAGGCCCCGCAGGAGACGGAGACCCAGCGGGAGAGCUGCCAGACCAUGAGCCAAGCCGACCUGCCGCAGGGUGUGAAUGAGGAGCUUCAGGAGCUGAGGUCACAGCUGGGGGUCGAGCGCGAGAAGGCGGUGCUUCUGGAGAGCGAGGUCAAACAGCUGGAGGCGGAGAAUCGGCGGUACAGCGAGCAGAUUGAAGGGAAAAGCGCGCAGAUGUCUCAAUCUCAGCUCCUCGUUCAGCAGAGGGAUGAGGAGCUGAACCAAAUGAAGGGGAAAUUAUUGAGGACGGCAGAGGGCUUGGCAAUGGCGGAGAAGUCCUGCGAAGAGAUGAGUGACAGACUCAGAAGAGCCAAUCAGGAACAACAGAGCAGAGACGUGAAGAUGGCCGCCGAGCUGGACGACCUAUACCGCACCAAGAUCAACCUGGAGGAGCGACUGAUAGAGCUGAUCAGGGACAAAGAUGAACUGUGGCAGAAGUCGGACGCCCUGGAGUUUGAGCAGAAGCUGCGGGAGGAGGAGACGGAGCGCGACGUCAACCACUGCCUGGACUGCCACAGCCAGUUCAGCUGGUGGCUCCGCAAGUACACCUGCAGGCUGUGUGGGCGUCCCUUCUGCUACUACUGCUGCAGCAACACCGUGAGCACCCUGCAGGCCGGCGCCGGCGGCGGCGGCGCAGCAGGCAACAGGGAGCGUUGCUGCCGGCACUGCUACGACCAGCACAGCGCGGUGGUGGAGCGCCACCCGCAGGAGCAGGACGCCAACGCACCCGACGCCCCCUUCGCCGCCCUGCCGCAGCCGGGCGACCGGGCGGCAGCAGGAGGGGACGACGGCGUCUUUGACAUCAUCACAGAGGAGGAAGUGAGCGGCGUGUACGACAGCGACUCACUCUCCUUCUCCACCGCCUGCUCUCCCGGACACGGCCAGGAGGGGGCAGCACAGCUUAGGAGCGGUGCCGGUGCUGAAGACCCCCCCCCCGCCGCCGCCGUGGUGGUGGAGCCCCUGACGGAGGAGCCCGAGGAGGCCAUGGCCCCUGCGGUGCAAGACGCCGAAAUCUGUCUGCUCAAGGCCGGGGAACUCACGCUCUCGGCCCCCUACACCCUGGAGGACAUCGAGGGCUUCGGGGACGCGUCCCGGGAUCUGUUCGUCCGCUCCAGCUGCUACAGCGUGGUCCCCAUCACGGUGGGCCCCGUGGGGCCCCAGGACGGGCCCACCGUCACCUGGGUGUUCACCUCCGAGCCCAAGAGCAUCUCCUUCAGCGUGGUGUACCGCGAGGACCCCCUCACGCCCCCGGAGGACGCCAAGGUCCUGAUCCCCCUGACCCGCUGCAACUCCCACAAGGAGACCAUCCAGGGGGAGCUGAAGGUCCGCCACCCCGGGGAGUACACCCUGGUGUUCGACAACUCCUUCUCCAGGUUCAUAUCCAAGAAAGUGCUGUAUCGCCUGAGUGUGGCCAAGCCUGUGGUCUACGAUGGAAGCGACUGUCCGUGAGAAGGCGAAAAAGAAGAGGAGGGGGGGGGGGGGAAGAGAGAGAGAGAGAGAGAGAGAGAGAGAGAGAGAGAGAGAGAGAGAGAGAGAGAGAGAGAGAGAGAGAGAGAGAGAGAGAGAGAGAGAGAGAGAGAGAGAGAGAGAGAGAGAGAGAGAGAGAGAGAGAGAGAGAGAGAGAGAGAAUUUCUGUUUUUCUGUCGAUUUCCCAAACCAUAUCCAGUAGAUCCAUGUGUGAAAAGUGUGUGCCUCUGUUGGUUAGCUUAGAGAAUCAAGUCUGCCGACAAGAAGCAGGUCUGUUUCUGCAGUAGCAAAGGGCGAGGGACUAUUUGUUUGCUAUGCCUCUGAUUCUGGCAACCGAACACAUAACAGCUGGUAAAGCCCGCUUGAAAGAUUCCUCUCUCAAACAAGUGCUUGCUCCUAAAGUGUUAAGUGCAAAGCCAAAGUCACCUUUUGAGAACAGGGAAAUAAUAGAUGAUAAUUCUGCAUAACGUGUAGAAAAAUCCGGAGCACAUGACAUUUAUCAAUAGAGAGAGAAUUGUGUGCACCGUCAGUCACUGUAAAAGCGUAACAAAAUAUUUAUAAUAUUUAAAUAUUCAUGUGGAAAAAUAUAUUGGAGCAGACUAUGUCGCUGUUUGAGAGGCUGCACGCGAAGGGCUGUGCCGGGGUAGAAGGAGACAUCGUUGAGCUAAUUUCACCGCUUGCUCUGUCCAAGACUCUCCACGUCACUUACUCAAAUCAAGUUUCACACCUGCCGUCUUCUCGUUUGGUGAACAGAGCGGUGUCUUUGGACCACGGCUGGCCCUGUAAUGUACUGUGUGCGUGGAUUCUAUUUAUAUAUCACAGUGGCUUUAAUUUCAAUGCAGGCCAGAGGAUGGCUGAGGAACAAAGGUCAGGAAGAGAGAAUGUGUUUUGGUGUUUUAAGGUUCACAUCCACUCAGAAGUACAGUGCUUCGGACUAUAUUUUUUGUUUACCAUUUCCAACGUCAAUGCUGAGAAUUGAGAUCAUAUUUUAUGAGAUGGUGUUUAUCAGAAUUAACUUUUUUAGACACAUGACAAUAGGUGUUCCCUUACAAUUGCUCAACACUAAGUAAUGAUGAACAAGGAGAUUAUACUAGUGAUGCUAAUAUAAUAUGUAUGUUUGAUGAAGAAGAACACUAAACAUAGGAAAAGCAUUAUGUCAAGGUUUUAUGAAGGUAUCUUUAUUUUAUGAAGUACACAUGUGCUUUUAUCAAAGUAUUAACAGCCCAAAACAUUUUUCUAUCUAAAGAUCAGGACACAAUAAACCCCUGAGUAGUUUUAAACUUUUUGGACGAUCACACUAUGAACUUUUUCCCGUGCUGUGACGAUUUAUCAAAUUCUGAUACAGUUUCCAACAAAUUUCCUUUGGUUUCCUAAAUUUUCAACUGACAUGAUUACUGGAGGAAUAUAGUGUCACAUUUCCUACACCUCUUUUCUUUGCCAAAUAGCCAAAAUAAUCAGAUAUUUGUAUAUUAUAUGAGAAGGACAUAUACAUUUCUAUUCAAAGGCAUUAUCACAUAACUAUUUUACAGGGUGCGCCUUUCGGAGGGCUAUUUUGAAUCUGUUUCUAUGUUACCUCUGUGCCAGUUGAUGCAUGCUUUUCUUUUUAGUUUUCUUUUCUACCAGUGUGUCUGUAGGUGUGAUUGUAGGAAUUGAUUUAUCAUCUGUAUUUUGCAGAUGUUUUCUCUGGAUGUUAUGUAGUACAAUGAUUUCUGACCAAAUACUUUGUAGGAUUUGUAAUAGGGUGGAUUUGAAGACCAUGAAUAAAUGAAUAAAAACAAAAUAAAUCAAUGAAUAAAAAUAUAUAACAGAG